AUGGUGCUGCUGGGGCCCAAGGUUGGCAGUUUGCGUAAAUUAGUGGCUAUUUGUGAGGCUUAUGCUGAAAAACAUGGUCUGAAGUACAGCUCCAAAAAGAGUGAGCUAGUGGUAUAUAAAGGCAGAAACAGACCUCCUGUUUACCUCAAUGGUUCGCUAUUGCAAAGAGUUGCGCAGUUUAGGUACCUUGGGCACAUUGUGAACGAAGACCUGAAAGAUGACUGCGAUAUAGAAAGGGAACGCAGGGCGCUGUCAGUAAGGGGGAAUAUGCUGGCUCGGAGAUUUGCUGGUUGUUCACUUGAUGUCAAGGUCACGCUUUUGAAG